CUAAGGCGUCUAAAGGCCUAUCAGGAAAAAGCUUUCUGUUUUCCUAGUCAAAUUUGAAAGAGCUGUGGAGCAUCGCUGCGCAGCUGGCACCGCGCGCGCAGGAGGAUCGUGAUGCUGCUGCUGCUGAGGCUGUGUGGACAUGAGUGGUAUUAAUAGGAGGGCUUGAGUGUCAAAGGCUUUCACAGCCGAGACAAAUCUAGACCGGGGGGCUCGGUGGAGAGUCGGUGGACACCGGUUUGGGGGGCUUCCUUUCCAGACUGCGCAGUUGGAAUACAGAGGAAAAACCACAGGGAUCCGCAGCUCAUCGGACUGGCACGAUGGAAAACGUACUGGCAGUUCUUAAUUUGGGCGAUUUUGCCCAGGCUUUCUCCAAAAUGGGAAUGUUUCCCGUCUUUGAUCUUGCGUAUUACAUAGUGUCCAUCCUCUACCUCAAAUAUGAGCCAGGCUCAGUUGAGGUUUCUCGCCGGAGUCCUGUGGCCUCCUGGCUCUGCGCCAUGCUGUACUGCUUUGGUAGCUACAUCCUGGCAGACAUCAUGCUUGGAAGCAGCCCCCUCGACUAUUUCCAACACAACAGCCACAUCCUGCUGGCCUCAGCUGUCUGGUACCUCAUUUUUUAUUGCCCGUUGAACCUCUUCUAUAAAUGUGUGGCUUUCCUUCCUGUCAAACUGGUGUUGGUUGCCCUGAAGGAGGUUGUUCGCACUCGCAAAAUCGCAGCAGGUGUUCACCACGCCCACCACGCCUACCAUCACGGCUUCUUCAUCAUGGUGAUCGUUGGAUACGUUAAAGGAUCUGGGGUGGCUCUUAUUUCCAAUUUUGAGCAGCUGCUGCGUGGUGUUUGGAGGCCCGAGACCAAUGAGAUCCUCAACAUGUCAUUCCCCACUAAAGCCAGCUUGUAUGGAGCCAUCCUCUUCACCCUGCAGGAGGCUCACUGGCUGCCAGUGUCCAAGAGCACCCUCAUCCUCGUCUUCACCCUUUUCAUGGCCACAAGCAAGGUGGUGAUGACAGCCCGCCAUUCUCACGGCUCCCCCUUUGCCCUCAUUGAGUCCUGGGUUUGCCAUCUGCUGUUCGGCUCUCCUCUGGCAGGAAGUGAGGAGGACCACCAUCACGCCUCCUCUCCUGCCGCCCCGUCUUCACCUCUCAAAACCAAGGAGGAGCUGAGCGAAGGCGCUCGGAAGAGGAAAGCCAAGAAAGCAGAGUAGAAGGCAAAACUGCAUCGGACUCGCCCUCAUGCUGUUCACAGGAUGAGACCCAUUCUUUUCUGACGAAAGGGCCCCUUUGAUCCUCUGUCAAAAAAAACCCUUUCUACUGGAGCGACAUGGUGCUUUCUGCAUUUUAAAUAGCUGAAGGACUCUGAGGCAAACGUUUUGUAUUCUCAACCCGACCUGGACACUUGGUGAACACGUGCUGUGUGGUCAUCCAAGUUCAGGAACCUCACGGAGGGCCUCUGUUUCACAUCAGUAGAUGUGUUACCAGUCAAAGCUGUUUUUCUUUUACUCCAAUUAAAAACAUAAUUUGAGUUCAGAAAGAAGUGAAAAAUGUAAGUAAUUUAAAAGAAUUAAAUGUAAAAUGAAGCAUUACGAACAAAACAAUGCUGGCUUUCUACACUGAAAAGAAAACAAGUCAUAUCUUUAAAUAAAAAAUAACAGAAACAUUG